AUUUUUUUACCGAUAUAUUCUCUGAUAUCUUUUUUAAAUUUUGUAUAAUCUGUAGUGCUAUCAACUAGUUUCAAACCACAUUUUGAUUAAAAUAUUCGUAAUGAAGGAAUGCAUGUACAGUUAAUUAAGGAAAUAUAUGUAAAAUAUGGAUUCUAAAAGUGAAAAUUCAAAAAAUAAGAAAACAAGGGUCGAUGAAAAUAAAUCAACGGUAUCCAAGAUAAAAGUUGUCCCUUUGGAAAAAUUAAGAAAUCCGAAAAAUAGUACAUUGCCUUCUCCUACAAGGCAUAGUAGUAGAUCGAAUGCGGGUAAUAAAUUAAAUUCUAUUUUAUCUGCUACACACAAAUUGAGAAAAGAGAAAAUAGAGUCCACUAAAACACCUGAAACGAAAUCUAAAACACCAGAAACGAAAGCUAAAACGCCAGAAACGAGAACUAAAACACCUGGAACGGGGACGAAAGCUAAAAUAUCAGAAACGAAGGCUAAAAUACCGGAAAAUAAUUCACUAAAUUCAGGAAAGACGAAUAUACAAUUUAUUAAAAAAGAACCUAAUGAAGAUCAUACACCUGUAGAAAGUCUUAGAAGCAUAAUAAAACUGGAACCCCUAAGCGAAAAUACAGAAAAUGAAUCAAAUGUAGAUACUACGGGGAGAAAACGAAAACGAAAUGCUACAACGGAAUCUAAUAAUAGCAUUGAAAAUGAACCUAGACGUAAAAGAAAAAUUGAUAACAUAAUAAAGAAGAAAUCGGUUACAUUUGCGAUUGAAACGACAGAAAUUUUAAGUAAAAAUGAUAAUCGAAGAGAAGAAUCAAAUGUGAACAGUGCGAUCACUCCGUACAAAACAAACAUAUCGCCAAUGUCGAAAAAAAAGAAGAGAAAUACAAAGCAGGUAGAAGUUGAAGAUACGCCUUGUGAACAAAUGUACGUGCAUGAUAUGUUGGAGUUAAAUCUUGGUGAAAAUAGUGGAGAUCAGCAACUAACAAGUCAUACGGAUACCGAUGAGGAUUACGUUAUAAAUGAAAUAAAACCUUUAAAAAAAGUUAAGAAAAAAGGACGAAAGGCUAAAAUAGAAGAUGACGACGUACUAUCAUUUGACGAAGAAACUGGACAAGAAUCAAGUAAUAUUAGUUUGGAUAUUAAUUUUGAAAUUGAAGUCGGUGCGGAGAAAAAGGGUAAACGUGGCCGGAAACCUGCAUCUUUUCAAAAAGAAGACACUUUACAACCACCAUUAUACUAUAAAAUGAAAGAUCGACCUGGACGGGGUGUACGAUGUAUCAAAUGUAACACCUUAGUCCCAGAAGCGUUUUGGUUGAGACAUAAUUGUCAAAUGCAUAACAAUCUAGCUUGGAGAGAGGGUGAAACACCUGUGGAUUUAUCUAGUCGGGAGCAAGUAUUUCGACUAUGGAAUCAAGUAAUUAAAAGUCAGUUGCCUUUAAAAUGUGGACGUUGUGGCGAUAAAAAGCUUUCGGCUAUUGGGUUUUAUUCUCACGUUAAAUUGUGUGGUAAAGAUUUAAAUGAGAUUGAAUCACAGCGAACAAGUUGUAAAUUAUGUGGGGCACGUUUCUUGGUUGUAAGCUUAAACGCACAUAUGCAGAAUGUCCAUUAUAAAAAUAAAGAAAAAGAGGAUAAUAACCAUAUUACCACAGAUAAUAUAAUCGACAACGCAAUAAAACGACAAGCUGCUAACAAAGCGUUGAAAAUUUUUAAAACUUUAGACAAAGAAACAGAUAAUAUUACCGAUAUGUACAUGGAUAAUAAACGCGGUGCUAAAGCACCAAGAUAUUAUAUAAAUGUAUGGAAAAAACAAAUUGCAAAUGAAAAAGGUAUGGCAAAAUGUUUUUCACCGAUUUGUGAUUAUCAAACGAAAAUUCUUGAUGAAAUCUUAAAACACUACGAUGAAUGUAAAUUUGCACCACAAAAAGUGUUUACAUGUAAAAAAUGUAAUUACGAAAGUGCGCAAGAAGAUGAAAUUGUUUCGCAUAUAAAAACAGCACAUCCGUGUGAAGAAAAACCCCGUGUGAAAAAAGAGAUAGAUAAAGAAUUCAUUGUAGAAGAGCAUGCUGAUAAUGAAGAACAAGCUAAUGAUAAAAUGCUUAAUCAAGAUCUAGAAAUGUUACGAUUAAAUGAAAGAUAUAUAAAUUCACCGAAAAUUCAAAAACAAUGCUAUAAAUUUGACUUUCUAUUGCAAUCUAAAGAAGCAACAUUACCAAUGUAUUCAUUUUCUGGUAUUAUUUUAUGGACAAGACAAUUCCGAGAAUUGCAUUACUCAAACUUGUUGUUUACGGAAUAUCUAAAAACAAAAUGGUUGCCUGUUGAUAAAUAUCAAAUUGAAAAAUAUUUACCCGAAGUCAAAAAGUCAAUACAUACAUCACAAAUAUUAAUGAGACAACAAAUUCCAGAUAUUCGUACAUAUGAACAUCGAUGGAAAGAAUACAAUUUAUUUGAGACAGACGUUACAUCGAAUAUUGCAACAAUAUUUUGUGGUGGACCUGUAUGUAGUAUGGCAUGGGUGCCGAUGUUGUCAUCCUUAGAUAAAGAGCAAUAUUUAGCUGUAUUUUGUAAACCAAAUAUGAAAGAUUCUUUUAAACUUGGUUACUCAUAUACAGGAGCUGGUUUAAUUCAGAUUUGGAAUUUUGGUGUUUUAAUUAACAAGUCUACAUGUGAAACAACACCUAAGCUGGCAUUGGGAAUUGCACACGAUUAUGGUAUAAUUUGGCAUAUGGAAUGGUGUCCAUCAGGAUGUUAUCAAGAAAAUGAACGGCUUGGUUUACUAGCGUUAGCAACGUCCACGGGAUUUGUUUAUAUUAUUUCAGUCCCUUUCCCGAAUCAAUUAAGUGCUACUAAUACUAAUUUACCAGUUUACAAAACUAAACCAAUAUAUCAAUUAAAACUUCAAGAUAAGACUUCGAAAUUAUUAGGUGAUACUGAAAUGCAAGUUACAAAAUUAAAAUGGAGUAAACAAUCGGGGCAUGAUGUUUUAAUCGCUGGAUAUUCAAAUGGAAUGGUUGCAAUAUGGAAUUUAAAAAAUACAUCACCAUUAUUACACGAAAUUAAAGAUGAGUGUAUACAUUUAUUGCCAUAUGUGUGUUUUCAAGCACAUGCUUCAGCUGUGUUAGUUGUCGAUUUACCAAAUACUAAUGAUGUACGAUGGCUAUUAACUGCAUCCCAUGAUCAACUCACCAAAUUUUGGGAUUUAAAUGAUACGCGAUAUCCAAUUGGCGACUAUAAACGUGGUAUUGUGACCGAUGGAUAUUGGUGUCCCCAUUGGAAUUGUGCUAUUGUAUGCUUUGAUGAUGUUUUAAUGCAAUCUUUAACCGUUACAACUUUAAUAUCAUGCCGUGAUUUUGGCUAUAAACCAGUACCAUUACUUCGAAACAAUUCACCAUGUAAAUGUUUAGCUGUUAAUGAAUGGAUGAAUGGAAUUGCUCAAGGGUCGGUUGCUGGUGAAUGGCAAUUAACAUUUCCAACACAAAUGUUUUAUGGUUUAGAAAAUGAAAAAAAUUUAAGGCAUAGACGUUCACUAGGUGGAUUUACUGAAUAUCUUGAUCGUACUAAAACACCCGAAGAACUAAUAAAAUAUGAUGAAAAGAAAAAGAAAUUAGCAAAAACAGAUUUGCAAGAGUUUUCAAAAUUAUCUGAUGAUGAUAUUGAAGUUUUACCAUUUCUUUAUGAAGAUGCUGUGGAAAAAUAUGGCGUUGUAUUCUGCGAUUUUGAUUUGAGUACAAAAGAUGCGAUACCAAAACAAGCAUUCGAACGGAUUCAUAAUCCGGAGUUAUUAAAAGACUUUCCCUAUGAUAUGUAUCCUAUUAUAUCAUUGAAUAAACUUGCAUGGAAUCCAAACGAAGAUAGUUAUCGAUACAUAGCCAUUGGAUAUGAGGCUGGUUUUGUACGAUUACAAUGUGUUAAAUUUAUGCGUAGUAAAAUUGAUUAACAAGUGGGUAACUUUAACGUUGCAUACAUAAAGUAUGCUUAUAUUAUAAAGACUGAAUCAGGAUAAUCUUUCCACAAAUCAGAGGAAUAUUCUACACACGGAACCAUCAAAUUUUACUAAGAUUAUCGAAUUUAUCUAAAUCGGAAACUAUUGGGAUAUAAGCUAAAACUAAGAACACUUAAUGUUCUUGGCUUAAUAUCUAUCUAUAUUUUAUUAAACGCCUGCUGAAACCAAAUUUAAGCUUGUUAUUGUAGAAUGUUUACUUUACAUAUGGUGUGUUUAUCCUGAUUUCCGGUAAUAUAAAAUAAGGUAUUCUUAUUGUGGGGGCAGUAUCAAGCAGAGGCAAAUCUUGUAUGUACCAAGUUUAUUUAGUUAUUCAAUAUACUCGAGUUUGCGGUCUGAUACAAUUUCUAUUAUGUAUUUAAUCAUUGGGAU